AUGGGUGACCGGAAUGACCGAAGUGACGUUGCUCCACUGCCCGGCGGGGCUGCUGUUCCUGUGCGCACAGUGAAUUGCCAGUCAGCACUUGAAUUGCUAAUAGACCUGCGGAGCCAGGAAGGCUUACCACCUUAUGAUUCUGCUAAGGUGGCAGCCGCCAUUAAAUCCUUGACGGAUAUCUACCCGCAUUUGUCCUACUAUCUGGAUCUUCUCUCGCAGGACUUAUCGAAGAUCGAUACUACUGCUGUACUUCGCCACUUUUACCCCUUUUAUAUGAUCUACAAUGAGUUUAUUCAUCUUUUGGUCGUCUAUCAUAUGACGCGAUUUCGGCGUCUACUCUCCACAAUCAAUAACUCAGUAGAUCUACCCUCAGACUGUGCGGCUGCUCUCUCCCCCUACGAGCAGGAGCUGCUCAAGCAGGUGCAGGAUAUCAGGAUCAACUUUUACUUGCGAGAAGGCGUCUUACCAACCCCAAAAGUGGCGCCUCCGACCUCUGCGUACAUAGACGUCAUGGUUGUGGACAACUCUGUUGGUGAGGUUCUGCUUCAGAGCGGCGAAACUGUUUUCUUGAACUAUGGGUCGUUCCAUCAUCUUCUUCGCUCCGAUGCCGCCGAGUUUUUAGCUCGUGGACAAUUGGUUAUUCUUAGCGAGUAG